CUGUCCUCUAAGGCAGGCCUUGAAAUUUCCACUCUCCUGCUCGCCAAUGGCUAGUGGAAAUUAUGGUGGGUGUGAGUGUGUCCCCCAGGGCUGUCUUGCUGAGCAGGCUCGGAGCUCAGGCCUGAUCUGUCAUUGGCACUGGGAGCCGUCAGACUGCUCAAUAGCUGAGCGCAGUGAAAGCAAAGGAAGGAGUGUGUGCUGUGUUCUCUGCCUCCACCUAGAGUGCAGUACCCGGCUCUGUGAGUGAACAACAAAGUACUGCAACUUUUUAUAGGGCUGUGUAUGUGUCUGUGUGUAUGUACAUGGGUGUAUCUGUACAUGUGUCUGAGUGUAUGUACAUGUAUGUGUGUGUGUACAUGUGCCUGUGUGUACAUGUGUCUGUGUAUGUAUGUACAUGUGUCUGUGUAUGUAUGUACAU